CCGCCCCUGGCCGCGAUGGCACAGCUCAUCGGGCAAGCGAGCGGCCUCAUCUACAAGAUCAUUCGGGAGGUGGAGACAGCACGCCAAAACAGGCGCGAGUGCGAGCUCCUCGCCCGCCGUGUGCCCACCAUCAACGGCGUGCUGUCUCGCCUGCCCAAGGACCCGGAGGUGGCGCCACCCCUGCAGGAGCUGAAAAGCACGCUGGAGGAGGCGCACGACAUGGUCGUCGCCUGCCGGAGCUGGGGCGCCGCCCGGCAGUUCUUUGGGUCCCGCCGCUUGCCUCGGAUUUAUUCUAACAGCCGCCACGCCGAGUGCUUCAGUCAAGUCAACGCCAGGAUUAAUUCCGACGUCGGCAUCCUCAACCUCAGCCUAAGCAGCUACAUGGCCCGGCGACACCCCAACCAAGUCCUUCACCCCGAUCACAUCGGCGUGACGACUGCGACAAUAGCCACGGCGCCGUGGCCGUGGCCAGGUUCCAGCUCUGGCUCCCUGCAGACACAGAUGGUGGUGUCGCAGCAGUCGCAGGUAAGUUUGAUCUCCUCCGAUAACCCCAGGGUGCUCACGUGGUCGGAGAUUGCAGCCGCGACCAGCUUUGCCGUCGAGCUCGGCCGAGGCAGCUCGGGAAGGGUAUACAAGGGCCGUCUCCAGUUCCACUUCCACCACGACAUGGAGGUGGCAAUCAAGGUGCUGGAAAAGCACGCGCGGAAGGGCGUGGAGGACGCGUUCGUGGCCGAGUUCUACAUCCUUUCCGGCCUGCGGCACGACAACAUCGUGCGCCUCGUCGGCUGGUGCACAGAGCAGGAGUACCGCAUGCUUGUCUACGAACACAUGGGCAACGGCACGCUUAGUGACCACUUGCAUCGUGUGGGCGGUGGCCCUAGCUUGUCGCCGGUGACGGCGUCCUGGAGGACCCGCAUCGAGGUGCUGCUGGGCGUGGCCCGGGCGAUCGAAUACUUGCACCAUGAGGCGGAUCCGCUGGUCAUCCACCGUAACGUCAGCUCGUCCAACAUCCUCCUGGACGCAAGCUGGAUGCCGCGCCUAUCCGGCUUCGGCUCAGCGGUGUUUCAAGAGGCCGGCAGGGAGCAUGGCGGCCAGCCCGUCGGGGAGGUCAUGGGCACGUUCGGGUACAUUGACUCGGAGUACAGCUACACCACACACAUCAGUCCGGCGAGCGACGUGUACAGCUUCGGGGUGGUGAUGCUGGAGGCGCUGACGGGGAGGCCGCCGGUCAUCUACGGCGUGACCCUCCUCGUGGACUCCGCGCUCCCCAGCUUACAGAAUGGAAAGCUGAGGGAUGUGCUGGAUCGCCACCCGGCGCUGCAGCCGACCCUGCGUCAGCUAGAGGCACUGGAUCUCGUGGCACAAACGGCGAUCCGCUGCCUGUGCCCGCGCGGGCACAAUCGGCUGGCCAUGUCGGAGGUGGUGGCCAACCUCCAGAGGGCACUCGCGAUUAUACGCAACAAUGAGCCAAUGCCGUGGGGACGCGCAAGCCUCAUUUGA